AUGAGGCCGUGGGGUAGACGGUGCCUCCCGCUGCUGGUAGGCCUGGCAGUGGCCAUCGCCCUUACGGAGGCCGCGACCUUUUUAUCUCAACAGUAUGCCUCUCAGUUCCUGGUGAGGAAACGUCGAGCAAAUUCUUUUAUGGAAGAAAGAAAGAAGGGAAAUCUAGAAAGAGAGUGCAUUGAGGAAUUAUGCAAUAAAGAAGAAGCCAGGGAAAUCUUUGAAAAUAAUUCUGAAACUGAGUAUUUUUAUCCCAAAUAUUUAAGUUGCCUUGCUGCCCAUCGAGCAGGAAUUUUCAGGGUUAUUGCAGUAACUCCAGAUUCUCCAGCUGAUCUAAGGGCUUGUGUCAAUGAAAUUUCAAACCAGUGUAACCCUCUGCCAUGCCAUAAGGAUGGAUAUAAGGAUUGCAUAGAUGGACAGGCCAAAUACACAUGUAUCUGUAAACCAGGAUGGCAAGGAGAGAAAUGUGAAGAAGAUAUAAAUGAAUGUGAAGACUUAAAUGGAGGCUGUAGCCAACGCUGCUCUAAUUUACCUGGAGGCUACCGUUGUUUGUGUGAAGAUGGUUACUUCAUGCAUUCAAAUAAACGGGAUUGCGGAGAUAUAAAUGAAUGUGUGUUAGAUCCAAACAUCUGUGGAACAGCCUUCUGCAAAAACACCCUAGGAAAAUAUGAAUGUGCAUGUGCAGAAGGCUACACGUAUAAUUCAACUUCCAAGAACUGUGAAGAUAUUGAUGAAUGUGCUGAAAAUGUUUGUGCUCAGCUCUGCAUAAAUUCUCCAGGAAGUUACAGCUGCUAUUGUGAUGGCAAGAAAGGGUUCAAGCUCUCCAAGGACAUGAAGAGCUGUGAGUCUGUUACUGCAUGUAUCCCACUGAAUCUUGAAAAGAAUUAUGAGCUGCUUUACCUGGCAGAGCAAUUUAUAGGAACUCCCGUUCUGUACUUAAAGUUUAAACUGCCAAACGUCACCAGAUUUACAGCAGAAUUUGAUUUCCGAACAUAUGAUGCAGAGGGAGUUAUACUAUAUGCAGAAUCCCUUGACAAUACAGCAUGGAUCUUGCUUGCUCUUCGUGAUGGGAAGAUUGAAAUUCAAUUCAAGAAUGAAUUUGGAACAAAAGUCACCAGUGGAGGCAAAGCCAUUAAUGAUGGAUUGUGGCAUAUAAUAUCAGUUGAAGAACUAGAACACAGCAUCAGUGUAAAAAUAGCUAAAGAAGCCGUGAUGAGUAUUAACAGUCCAGGAACUGUUUUUAAGCAAUCACAAAGUUUCUUGGAAACUAAAGUAUACAUUGCUGGAUUACCUCGCAAAGUGGGCAACAAUCUUGUUAAGCAGAUUAACCCUCGGCUAGAUGGGUGCAUUCGUGCCUGGAACCUGAUGAAUCAGGGACAUUCAGGUGUAAAAGAAGUAAUUCAAGAAAAACAAAGCAAACACUGUUUAGUAUCAGUGGGGAGAGGAUCUUUCUACCCUGGCACUGGAAUGGCAGCAUUUAAGAUAAACUAUAACAAUCUUGACAGUGAUGAAGACUGGCUAAUAAAUGUGACUCUGACUAUUCGCCCAUCCACAGACACUGGUGUUAUGUUUGCUUUGGUUUCUAAUGAAACAGUGCCGCUUGCUUUGUCCAUAGUGGACUCUAACUCCUCUGACUCACAGAAAAUCAUUGUGACCAUUGGAAACAUCACUGUCGCACAUCUAGAAUCAAAGAAAUUAUGUACACCCAGAAAAGUGCUGAUUAGACUUAGAGCAACAAAACAGCAACUUGAACUGUCUGUUGAUUCACACACAGACAGAAGCACUUCAGAGCAACUAUCUUUCUUGCAUCGAGCAAUGAUGGCAAAUGUUGUUACCUAUUUGGGUGGCCUGCCAGAUGUUCCUCUGGGCGCUACAUUAGUAACCGUUUUUUAUAAUGGCUGCAUGGAGGUGAAGGUCAACAACAGACAGCUGGAUCUGGAUGAAGCCAUUUCUAAACACAAUGACAUUAGAUCUCACUCAUGCCCACUGAUCAUGCAGUAGCCAUUCAA